AUGGGGCGGCGCAGUUCUCCCGCGCGGGCGCCCAGCGGCGCCGCCGCGCUCCGGUGCGCGCUGGCGGCGGGCCUGGCGCUGCUCCGGGGCGCAGACGCCAGGGACCUGCGCGGGGCCGCGGUCGGACGCAGGGCAACAAGCGAAGACGACUGGAUCGCCAACUUCGUCACGGGGCAAGUGGAAUCCUCAUCUAGUAAUAGUGGCACUCCGACGUCAAGUUCGACUGUCGUCAAGGGGGAGAUCGAUGUCACGGGCGUUUUCUCUGCUUCGCAGGCGUCCUCUCUGACUGGCCACUUGGUGAAUCUGGUCAUGGAUCUCUCCGGCCUCCCAGGGGUCAGCUGGGAAUCGUCCGAGGGCGCUAACAGGGUAGACUACACGUUUCUCUUACUGCCAGAUGAUGCAAGUCAAGCGGCUUCUCUGGUGUCUAAGUUUUACCUGGAGUGGACUCAGGGAGUGCUAAAAAACGAUCUGAGCUCCAGGGUCAGUGCAGACUCUGGGCUGGGAGGAGUUACGCUGAAUUUGGUCCAAUUGGCUGCGGUUAGUUCGGUGAUUGGCCAGCAAGCUAUCACCCCUCCUCCCACGACAGCCACGGUGGUCACAUCGACGUCCACGUUUCACACAACGACUACCUCGCAGGCCACGUCCACGGCGAGUACCACGACAGCGAUCACGUCGUCUUUGACGUCGAUGUCUGAAUCUUCGACGACGGCACACACGACGACGGAGACACAGGCCACGUCCACGGGAACUCUCACGAGCGAGACGGAGUCUUCUGUUAGCACCACCGCGCUGGCCAACAUCUUUACCUCUUCCACCACCACAACCAGCGCGCCUGCGGUCAUCUACGCGACAUCCACCACCACGGCGGGCGUGCUGGCGGCCGCCGCGGACAGCGACGAUGGCGUAGGCCCCCUCGUCUUCGUGCUCUGCGGAGCCGGCAUGGCCCUGCUGUGCCUCGGAUGCUGUGCGGCAGUGUUCGUGUAUUGCAUGAGCCUGUCAGCGGAACAGAUGGAGGCGCACUUUGACCGGUCGAGGUCGCUCGUCGUCUUCAAGAAGCCGCUCCAGCGCUUCCAUUCGAAGUUCUCGGCUGGGUCGUUGGACGGCUCGCCCAAAAGCAGGGGCAGUGACCAAUCCAAAAACACCUUCUUCUGCGGCGAAAGGGACACCGUCCUGAACCAGUUUGCCCAGGCCGACUGGGCGAAGGAGGAGGCCGUGGAGGCGCAGCCGCGGGUCGGGUCGAAGCCGCGGGUCAGCCCGCGGGCCAGCCUGGAGCACACCGCGACGACCGUGGGGCCGCGCAUCCCGGGCGGCGCCACGUCGCCGCGACCUGGUCCGCCACAAGAGUCUCCAAGAGUGAGCGCGACUGUGCCAGGGUCCGUAUCUGAAACAUGA